UGGAACUAAACUUAUCAGAUGACACACAACUAGGAAGAAAAUAACCAAAUUUUUUAUUGAUAGUUAUAAUAAUAAUAAUAUUAAAUAUUAAUAAUUCAAAAAAGGCAAUUCUCUGCGAGUGAAAAAUUAAAGAAAGAAUGGAAAAAUCGAUAAAUACGCGAGUGAAAAUUAAGCAACGUGACGUUUAAAAAAAUGGACUAACGCUGAUAAAAAAACAUGAAUUUCCAAUGAAACGCCGUAAAGAAUUUUAUUUUCUAUCAUCGUUGAAGUGGUGGUGGAAGAUUCAGCUCUGUCAAAUGGCCACAUCAUCUGGCCUUGAUGGAAACAAUUAAUCUUAUCAAAACACGUAUUAUUAUCUCCUCGAAAUACGUCAUUAAUACGAUCUUAUCAAAUACUCUGUUUACUUGAAAGCGAAAAAGAAAACGUCUCAACAAUCACCCCCCUUUUUUCUUUACAUUAUUAUUAUCUUGCAGUAUUUCUAACCUAAAAACCGUCCUUUUCAAAAUUCUAUAAAUUAUUAGAGUACAAAAAUAAUAAAAAACAAAUAUUCUUAAAAAAUAAUAAAAAAUGGAAUAAAUUAUUAAUUUUUUCUCGCCCUCCUCUAUUGUGUGAUUGUGAAAAGUGUCUUUUCUCUACAUUAAAAAAAAAAAAAAAAAAAGGAAUCAAGUGUCAUUUUCGCUGGUUCGAAAUUGCAAUGAUUUACUUUUUUCUCUGGCAUAUGUUUGACAAUUGAGAAGAAAAAUACAAAAACUACCAAGUGAAUUUUUUGUGUUCUUUACAAGUAAAUUACUCAUGAUUUGAAAGUGAGAAAUAAUUUGUUUUCUUUUAAUGUGCGCAGAUGUUGUCGUGUUGAAUAAACAACAACAAAAUGCCACGUACGAAAGGCAAUUUAUUGAAAUUAUCAAUAAAUAUAUAGAAUGCCUAAUAUCAGUGUUACGACGACGACAAUGUAUAACUGUUAGGCAUCAAUUUUUCAUAUCUUGACAAAAGAAAAAGAAUUAUAUUUUUUUUUUGGACGGAAAUUUAAUCUCAACAAUAAUGGCGAGAUAUUUAUUAUUCUUUGGGAUUUUCCUCAUUUUUCGAUGUAAUUCAAUUCUUUUCAAUACUCUGGCCAUCGAGGAAAAUAAUAUUGAAUUUAUGAGCAAGGAGGAGCGAGAAAGUUUAAAAGAGGAAGCACGAGAUAUGUUUUAUCACGCCUAUAAUGCGUAUAUGGCCAACGCUUAUCCAGCCGAUGAAUUAAUGCCGUUGAGUUGUAAAGGAAGAUACAGAGGAUCAGAACCAAAUAGAGGAGACAUUGACUCAACUCUUGGAAAUUUUUCGUUGACUUUAGUCGACACAUUGGACACUCUAGUCGUUUUAGGCGAUUUUGAGGAAUUUGAAAAUGCAGUUAAACUAGUCAUCAAGGAUGUUACUUUUGACACUGACGUUAUUGUUUCACUCUUUGAAACCAACAUCAGAAUGCUGGGGGGACUUCUUAGUGGUCAUAUUUUGGCGGAAUAUUUACAGCAAAGAGCUGACAUUAUGCCAUGGUACAGAGGCGAAUUAUUGAACUUUGCCAAAGAUUUAGGAUAUCGUUUUUUGCCCGCAUUUAAUACAACAACAGGAAUUCCGUACGGUCGUAUAAAUUUAAAAUAUGGAAUGAAAGGAGUACCCUUGGAGGUUUCACGCGAAACAUGCACUGCCUGUGCUGGAAGUAUGAUUCUAGAAAUGGCCGCUUUGUCAAGACUGACUGGAGAAUCAAUUUUCGAAAAUAAAGCGCAGAAGGCAAUGGACGUUUUAUGGAAAAUGCGACAUCGUGGAACUGAUUUAAUGGGUUCAGUAUUGAACGUUCAUUCCGGAGAUUGGGUGCGACGCGAUUCUGGAGUUGGCGCCGGAAUUGAUUCCUAUUAUGAAUAUUGUUUAAAAGCUUAUAUAUUACUAGGUGAUGAAAAAUAUUUGGGCCGAUUUAAUAGGCAUUACCAAGCUGUGAUGAAAUACGUUAGUCAAGGACCAAUGUUACUAGAUGUUCAUAUGCAUCGACCGAAUACAAAUGCAAAAAAUUUUAUGGACGCAUUGUUGGCUUUUUGGCCAGGACUUCAGGUGCUGAAAGGUGACAUAAAACCCGCGGUCGAAACACACGAAAUGCUUUAUCAAGUGAUGCAGAGACACAAUUUCAUUCCAGAAGCUUUCACUACUGAUUUUCAAGUUCACUGGGGACAUCAUCCAUUGCGUCCCGAGUUUCUCGAGUCAACAUACUUUUUGUAUCGCGCGACUGGCGAUCAUUAUUACUUGGGUGUUGGUCGUAAGGUGUUGAAAAGUUUACAGACAUACGCACGUGUGCCUUGUGGUUAUGCAGCUGUUUCCGAUGUCAGAACGAAUAAACACGACGACACAAUGGAUAGUUUUGUUCUGUCGGAGACGUUCAAAUAUUUAUUUUUAUUAUUCGCCGAACCAAGUGCGGAUCUUGUUCUCGACUUGGAUGAAUUUCUAUUCACCACCGAGGGCCAUUUAUUGCCAUUAACACUCGCAUCAGUCAGGACGAAUAAUGCCUCAUCAUCUGAUUUUGAAAGGGACAACACGGUUCAAGAAGCGGCGGUGGAUGAAAUGGACAGAACUUGUCCCAAUAGUUUGCAUUUGUUCCCAGCGUCAGUGAGACAACCACUUAGAAAUAUGGUUGAAGAUGUUUGUCCGAGGAGAAACUUUAAGAGACGUUUAAGCGCUUCUCAAUUCCAGGCAAAUAAUAUCGAUCAUUUGAAAAUGUUGAGCGAUAUGGGAAUAACGAUUCUUACACUUGCUGAUGGUCGUGUUCAAUUUCUUCACACAUUUUCCAAUGCAAAAACUACGCAUGAUGCGGAAGAGGGACUUUUAUUUAUGCAAGAAAUGAUUGAAUUGAGUAAAUUUCAACCUCAACAAAUCGCCGAAACAAAACCACAAUUGAUUAGCUUUGUAAAGCCGGGAAUUCAACCAGCUGAGAGAGUAACAUUGCUGGCGGGUCCAGCUCAAUUUGGAACUGAUUUACGUGGUAACAAUAAUAAAGUCACAGGAAAAGUUGUCAUUGCUCAACCAUUUUCUGCCUGCGCGGAACUCAAUGACGUUGAUAAACUUAAGGGAAGAAUUGUUCUCGUCGUUCGUGGUACUUGUAUGUUUAUUGAAAAAGCACGAAGAUUACAAAAAGCUGGUGCAUUGGCAGGCAUUGUUUUGGAUAAUGUUUCAAAAUCGAGUGCGAAAACAUCGCCAAUGUUUGCAAUGUCAGGCGAUGGGAAAGACGAUGACGAUGUAAAAAUUCCAUUUGUAUUUUUAUUCAGCGCUGAAACAAAUCAACUUCUUCAGGCAGUUGAAGAAUUUCAUCGCCUCAACCUAUAUCAGCCAGCUGAUUUCCUCACUAUAACAAUUGGUGGCGAUUAUGAACGACGACGAAAAGACGAUGUCCUCUUAAAGUCGCCGCCCACUGCUGAACAAUCGAUAUUCGAACGUUUUAAAGGAUCGCUCAACGAAAUUUUCAAACAACAAUUAUUGUCUCAGCAGAAUCCAAUGAUUGGAGUACCAGCAGCAACAGCAGCGACGGAGGAAAGUGAAAAUGAUGACUCAACAUUGAGCGAAAUUCCUUUGGCAGAUUUUGGCAAUUUACACGCGUUUAUGGCAAGAAAUUUAUUUUUAAAUCAAUUUCGAAUAAGAGCAAAAAAACUCAAGACUCAACCAGGCGUCAUUAUUGCGACAGAGAAAAUCGAAGAAAAAAAUUCCCCCAAUGAAAUUCAUUUCCGUUUUUUACGUCAAAUACUCGUGAAUUUAAUUUAUUCACCUGAGCGCAUCAACUCGGGCGUCGAUUUCGACCUUGAACUAUUGAUGAAUUACUUUACAAUAAUAACGCUCGAACGUGGUGAGCAAACAUACAAGUCAAUUAACGAUUUAAGUUUAUACGAUCGUAUCGUGUGGUUCUUGAAGGAACUCUGUGAACUUGAGCCAAAUAAUAAUAACACAGUUGCCAAUUUAAUAAACAUUAAUAAUCUUCCAACUCAAAUUCCCCAUUUUCCCGGGAAGAAUAUUCAACAAGAACAUUUGUCUCUUGAUUGGAAAAAAAUUGUCAAUAUUAUCAAAAAAUUCACCGACAAAGAGCAAAACGAAUCUCACGAAAAUGAAAAUAAUUUCAACAAAAAUUCCAAGCUCCCCUUUAAUAAUAAUGAUGAUGAUGAUGAUGAGAAAGAGGAAGAAGAAGAGGAAAGAAUUUCAAGUUUACAUCCAAAUAAGCAUCAGGAAAAUCAAAACAUGGACGACAUUCGCUUGAAAAAUUUGGAGAAAUUGGGAAAGUUUAUCGUAGGUAUGGAAAAUAAAAGGGCAUUUGACAAUUUGAUGGAAAAUUUUGGAAGCGCUGAAAAAUGGCUUGAACAGUUGAAAGUUGAAAAGUUUAUAGAAGACUUUCGGAAUGAGAAAACGAAAAACAAGCGACAUAUCGAUGAAUUAUAAUUGGAAUUUUUAUUCGGCAAAUAAAAAAUUAAUUUUAUAAUAUAAAACAGAAAUUAAAAUUUUUUGUGUCAGUGUACAGCAGGAGGAAGGAUGUUGUAACUUUUAAUCCGUGUACAUAAUUUCUCGUAAGAACUGUAUAUAUAAAAAUAGCUGUUAAAAACUCUUUACUAAUUGAUCAUUUUUUCUAAUUGAUGUGAUUUUUAAGUAAUAUUAAGAAAAUUUAUUUUUUUGCCAAGAAAAGUUGAAUUUAAAAAAAGGUGUAAAAUACAUAGGAUAUUUGUGAAAAACUUGCUGUAAAAUAAAUGGAUAGAAAGAA